AUGAGUUUCGAAUCCGUUAACUCAACUGAUAAUGAAUACGUCGAAGCCUCCAUUGUCCGUGUAACCUUAACCAAUUUUAUGCGAUUCGAAUCCACUGAGUUCCGGCCAGAGCCCAGCCUAUGUAUGCUGAUUGACCAGAGCCACGGAGAAAGAACCGCGUUGUAUAGUGCGAUAGUCCUUGGACUGGGUGGUGAUAAUUCGGAGAUCUCAUAUUACGUAAAAUGUGGGUCGGCUCAAGCAGAAAUCGAGAUAGAAGUACAGGCGGCGGCGGAGAAUUUGACAAUCAGAAGAAGAAUCGAUAGAGCCGCCAAUAUCUCGUUGUGGGCUAUUAAUGGCGAGCCAGCAACCAGGGGGGAAAUUAUGUCUCGAGCAGGUGUACUCAACAUUCAGGAGGGCAACCUAUAUCAAUUCUUGUCGCAAGAGAGGGUUAGGGAGUUUAUGGAGCGAAGUGCGGAGGAGGAUGACACAGAAGAAAGUGAAGAGGAGGAGGAGUUGCUGCUUCGGGGAUGCCAAUCUACUACGCCAGAAAUUGGACUUCGAACGGAUGUUACGAUAUAUCCAAACACGAAUAGUGUCCAACAACCUUCCGUUCCAUAUCCUGAUCCGAAGUAUACGGAUCUCCGCUAA